CUCGAAUUUGGCGACUUCAAAAAUUAUAUUAUUAAUUUUAACUACAAGUACAUGUAUCUUUGUUGUCUUAUGAGAUAGUUAACCCGACUCCGCACUGGUGUCAAGCUCUCAUAGGAAGCUAUGUACGCCCGAUUCUACCACCCAUCAGUCCAAUAUCAACCGGCUUUUUAAACCUUUUAUCCCAGUAAUUUCCAACACCAUCUCUCAUCCUUCGCGCUAUCCCCAGAGUUAUGUCUGCCAGACCCUCCCCGCCGGAGUACGUCACGCUGGCCUCCAACGAUGGAUUCGAAUUCAUAAUAUCCCGCAGUGCUGCCUGUGUAUCUGGCACUAUACGACGCAUGUUGGAUCCGGCAAGCAACUUCUCCGAAGCCGUUACAGGCCGCUGUGUUUUUGAGAACAUGAAUGGAGUCGUGCUCGAGAAAGUCUGCGAAUACUUUCUUUACAACGAACGGAAUAAAGGCCAGACUAACGUGCCUGACAUGGAGUUUCCGCUCGAGAUGUGUCUAGAGCUAUUGAUCGCGGCGGAUUAUUUGGAUACUUAAACCGGAAAUAUCGUAUACCUGCAAUAUUCGUCUUUUUAUUAGAAAAACGGGAAGCGGGCGUUAUCGGACGUUUUUUUUAACAUGGGAAAUAUCGAAUAUAGCUCAUGUACGGUACGGUGCAUACGUGAGGCGUUAUUAAGUCAAGACAAAGAUCUCAAUGAGAAUUGGAACUAUCAAUCGCGUCAUGCUUGACAAUGAGAGCAGCGCUGCACUGCACGCAAAGGCAAUAACAACAAGAAGUUGACAAUGCACCCCAUCAACGCAUCACGUUCCCUCUGGCAAAAACUGCACAUACAACUACUGACGUCUCUCCUCUGGCUCUACGUCAGCGUUGUUUGUGCGCCCAUAGAUUGAAACGUCUAAUAUUGCAAAUGGGAAGAUUGAGGUGGUUGAUCUCCAGUCGAUUUCGUGUCUUUAUCUGCCAGGGGCGGAAGCAUGAAAACUUUUGCCUCACCCAGGCCCUUGCACUGAAUAUUGCUCAGCAAGAGACUGACAAGUUGCUGGGUGAUAUUUGUUGAUCAUACAUUAUCAUUUUCAUUUCCAUGAGCUGUUUUGUUCUCAGGUCCGUACAUAACUUUUAUCUAUGUUACAAACUUGCUAUAUCAACAAAGAAAUUUCAACAUAUCUUACAGAGUUUCUGGCUUCUCACUGACCUGUAUCAUAAUUUUGGGAAAAAAGAAAAAAAAAAAAAAAAAAAAAAA